AUGUCUUUAGUUUUAUCAUCAUCAUCAUCAUCAUCAUCAUCAUCAUCAUCAUCAUCAUCAUCAUCAUCAUCAUCAUCAUCAUCAUCAUCAUCAUCAUCAUCAUCAUCAUCAUCAUCAUCAUCAUCAUCAUCAUCAUCAUCAUUAUCAUCAUCAUUUUUGUUAUUCUUAUUCUCAUUUAAUAAUCAAGUGUUCCCCCCCCCCCUAAAUAUUUAUGAACUUUUGGUUCUUUUCUUUUUCUAUAUAAUUGAACAAUACAAUAAUAAUUACUCAACUUUCAUCAUUCAUUAUAUUAGGUCAAGUUUGAUUGAAUAA